UCCAUGGCUGGAGGGAGUGGUGCUGGUUCCUCCGCCCCUGCCAAGGGUAAAGGCAAGGCGCGGGGCAAGGCGACGGCUACCGGAACGGUCGCCGCCAGGAAAAAGAAGGAGGUGGAGCCGCUAACGGACCUCGUUCCAAGCAUUCCUGGGUACGACUGGGUUCGGCGCGAGAUGGCGGAGGCCCAAAGCGUGUUCCGGUCCUUUCUUGAAGUUAAUGCGAUCUUGAGAUCGUACAGGGUUUGUGACCCUUCCAUCUCCCGAAUGAUCUGGCUUGAACCUUGUCAGGCCGGUGAGGGCGUGUAUAUGGGGAAGUCUACUGACCCUCCCCAUUUCUAUGUUUACCAAUGUUUCUUCAGGGAUUUGGGCGUUUGUCUUCCCUUCACACAAUUCGAGUGUGACUUUUUGAAUUUUGUCAGCUCGGCUCCUUGCUAGUUGCACCCCAACAGUUGGGAUUUUUUGAGCGCUUUUCAAGUCCUGUGUUCGGCCCUAGGAAUAGAGGUAUCUCUUCCUGUCUUCCUUCAUUUUUACCAACUGAAGAUAGGUGUUCCGCCUUAUGGCGUUCUGUCUCUGAGUGGGAGUAGGGAUGGGGGUUUAUUCACUCUUUACUCCCAGUCAUACAAAAAUUAUAGACAAGAGUUCUUCCGGGUUGCCCUCGUGGAUGUCGACCCCCUGGAGGAUGGGGCGUUCUACUUCGGCGGGUUGCCGAAGUUCCCUUUCUAUUGGUGCCCCAAACCGUCUAGGUUUCACGGGGUGGGCCAAUUGAAAUUGACGGCUUCAGAGGCGGCCGCCAUUGAGAACCUUACUGCGCUUCCUCGCCCGUUGGAUUACAAGCUCGUCUUGUCGCUUGCGAGUUUGGCGUACAAGGAGAGGGGCCUGGAGAGUGAGUAUCUCGUCCUCUUUAGACUGUUAGGGUUUGUGAAACCUUCUUUUUCUUAUGUGUUUUAUUUUCUGUUUGCAGGCAUCAUGGGGAAGAACAAGUGGCGAGAGCUGAAGCAUCACUACAAUUUUGCUGAAAUUGAGGUCCUCGAGCCUCAAGAGAAGGAGAUUUCCCCCUUGAAGGUCAACCGAAAAAGAAAUAGGGGCGAGAAAGAGGUCGGGGGGACCUCUGCCCCUCGUGGAACGGAGGAGGUGACCUCCAAAGCCGCUGAUGCUGAUGCGGUCGACCUCACUAGGAGCCCUCCGUCUGGGGAGGCUCCCCAAAUGGUCGCUACGGCGACUGCUGAGCAAGUUGCUCCUUCUGCCGAGGCAGGGAUAGCUGCCGAGGUGGAGGCCCCGGUUGCUGAGCAGGUCGCCCAGGCCACCGUGGCAGGGGAUGCUGUCGAGGUCCAGGUGCCUCCGAGGUCGGAGGUGCCAGGCGUGGAUCCUCCUAUUGUUGAGCAGGGGACGCCAGUUUUUGCCUCUGUUGAGGCUCGCGGCAAGGGGCCGAGUCUCGAGGUUCCCACAACUACGCCUGCAACCUCGGCGGCGCCGUCAAGUUCAUCGCAGGGGGCUUCCCAGAGCCAAUACAUAGCUCACCGUUUUGGGAAGGGCCUCACCCAGGUGCGAUUGGACCACGUGAGUGCCUCGGCUGACAUGAACUCGUUGUGGAGUUCCGGGGUGACUGCCGAUAAGUUCUUCCCCCGAGGUUCGCUGAGCUCGGAGGAUCAGGGGAUGAUCGAAGAGGUCGGACCCGUGGAAGGCUUUGACGCUGCUCAGGUCCUUCUGUAGAGGGCUAUGGCCAUUGUGGACCACUGGAAGCAUAGGUGGUCCAAGCAGCAUGAGGACUUGGUCAGACUGAGGGGCCGAGUUCAACCCCUGAAGGACGAAAACAAGGUCCUGAAGGAGGAAAACAAGGUUCUUAGUGCCGCCCUCGGUGAAGCGAAGUUGCAAGGUGCUGAGCUUCGAGCUGCGAGGGGAGACUUGGUGAGGGUCCAGAAGUCGCUGGAGAUUGCCCUGCGCUCCAAUGAGAAUUACGCCUCCUAGGUGAACGAGCUCCAGGGGCUCGCCACCGCGUCCCAAGGUCGGGUACGUUUCUUGGAAGACGAGGUGACAUCUUCCCAUGGUCGAGUUCGCUCCUUGGAGGAUGAGGUGACCUCCCUGAAGAGCGAGCUGGUGGCGGCGGCUGAGAAGCGCCUCUAUAACGAGGUUGUCCUUGGCUGCAAAGAGGAGGAGGUCGCCGCUUUGAGAGUGGAGCUGGCGAAGCAGGAGGCGGAGAGGGCGGUGUUGGAGAAGAAGCUUCAGGAAACCGAACGAUCUAUUGUAUUUGAGCUUAUAAGAUGUUUCUUCAAGGCAGCUCGCCAGGCCAGGCUCCUUGCGCCGGGAUUCGACUUCUCUGCCAUGUACGUGGAGAAGGUCAUCCACUUCGGGAAGCUUGUAAAGGAAGAUGACGUCGAGGACAGCUCCAGCGAGGAUGCCUCUACGUAGGCCAAUUUUGUAAUGGCCUGGUUUAACUUUCUCUACUUUAUUUUUCUUUUUUGAAUUCAAGUGUGGAACUUUGAAAACUUUGCUGUAUAUAUGUGUAUUUUUUGUCUA